AUGCGAAAUGGCAGAGGCCUCUCAGACCAGUGGGCCGAGUCGGUGGUGGUCCGGCCCCGCACCACAGAACGCCACAUCACAGUGCACAAGAAGCUGGUGCUGGGGUUUGCCCUGUCCAUCCUCACCCUCAUCAUCGUCACUGCAGUGGCUGUUGUCCUCAGUGUCCGCAAUGAAGAGUGUGGAGCUCGAGAUGGCACUCCUGCGGUGGGCUCCCGGGCUCCUGGGGGCUCCGCCAGACUGAAUGGGAGCAGGGACAGGGCAGGAGAAAGGGGAGAGGAGGAGGUGCAACCAUGGAGGACCUCUCGUCUGCCUGGGACACUGCGGCCCAGGCACUAUGAACUGCGGUUGUCUGUGUGCAUGGACAACUUCACCUUUUCUGGAGAAGUUAGCAUCGAGAUAGAGUGUGUCAACGCCACCCGCUUCAUUGUGCUGCACACUGACCGCCUGGAGGUGGACCAGGUUUCUGUGACAGCUGAGGGUAGCGGCAGUGGGCGCCUCAGUAGCAGACCUGGAGGUGGCGCUAUGCGUAUCCAUCGGCACUUUGCCUUUCCGCUCAAUCAGAUGUAUGUGGUGGUGCUGCACCGGGAACUCAAGCCCAUGAGAUUGUACCGCCUCAACAUCAGUUUUGACGCUGCCAUCGAGGACGAGCUGCUCGGCUUCUUUAGGAGCUCCUAUACCUUACACCGAGAGAAACGGUACUUGGCAGUGACCCAGUUCAGCCCGAUCCACGCCCGUAAGGCCUUCCCCUGCUUCGACGAGCCCAUCUACAAAGCCACAUUCACCCUGUCGCUGCGCCACGACCCGCAGUACAUUUCUCUGUCCAACAUGCCGGUGGAGAGUACAGUGCUGAGUGAAGACGCCUGGGUCACUAACCGCUUCAGCCGCACCCCUCGCAUGUCCACGUACUACCUGGCCUGGGCCGUGUGCAACUUCACCUACAGAGAGACACAGACGGACAGCGGCGUGGUGAUCCGCCUGUACGCUCGGCCUGAUGCCAUCUCCAGUGGAGCGGGGGACUAUGCUCUCCACAUCACCAAGAGGCUACUGGGAUUCUACCAAGAUUACUUCCAGGUCCAGUACUCCCUGCCCAAGCUCGACUUGUUGGCCGUGCCCAAACAUCCGUACGCUGCCAUGGAGAACUGGGGCCUGAGCGUCUUUGUGGAGCAGAAGAUCCUCCUGGACGCAGAGGUGUCUUCAUCCUCGUACCAGAUGGAGCUGACCAUGGUGGUGGUGCAUGAGAUCUGCCACCAGUGGUUUGGUGAUCUGGUGACCCCGGUGUGGUGGGAGGACGUCUGGCUCAAAGAAGGGUUUGCACAUUUCUUUGAGUACCUCGGCACCGAUUUCCUCUUCCCAAAAUGGAACAUGGAGAAUCAGCGCUUCUUGACAGAUGUUCUCCAUGAAGUGAUGCUAUUGGACGGCUUAAGCUCCUCCCAUCCCAUCUCUCAGGAGGUCCAACAGGCCACAGACAUUGACCGAGUUUUUGACUGGAUCGCAUACAAAAAGGGGGCUGCCCUAAUCCGGAUGUUGGCGAAUGUGAUGGGUCAGCCCCUGUUCCAGAAAGGACUCAAUGAUUACCUUCUGAGUCAUAUGUACGGCAACGCGGCCCGGGACGACCUGUGGAACAAGCUGUCCCAGGCGAUGCGAUCCGAGGGGCGAGACAUCGACAUUGGAGAGAUGAUGGACAGAUGGACUCUACAAAUGGGAUAUCCCGUCAUAACCAUCAGCAAGAAUCGAUCAGACCAGCUCCCGACUCACUACAUUGCAGUGAGCCAGGAGCACUUCUUGUACGGGCAGGAUCACAGGAACAACAACAGUUUACAGUGGCAAGUGCCUCUGAUGGUCGCCGUUGGAAACACAUCUAUGAUCAGCGCAGAGGGGCUCAUCUGGAUCAAUAACAAAACCGAAACGCACAGAGUUGGUGAGAUUCACGAGAACACAUGGCUGCUCGGUAACAUCAAUCAGACAGGUUACUUCAGAGUGAACUAUGAUCUUCAAAACUGGAAGCUGCUCAUCCAACAGCUACACUCCAAUCCUCAGGUCAUCUCCGUUGGAAACAGGGCAGGUCUAAUCGAUGAUGCUUUCAAUCUGGCCAGGGCAGGGUAUCUCCCUCAGAACAUACCUCUUCAGCUGAUUGGCUACCUGCCGGAGGAGCCGUCCUUCUUACCGUGGCACGCUGCCAGCCGGGUGCUAUACCAGCUGGACAAGUUGUUGGACCGCACAGACGAGUACAGCCUCUUCAGUGAUUAUGUGCUGAAGCAAGUGGCAUCCCGUUAUCAUCAGAUGGGGUGGCCCAGUCCAGGACCUGGCAACGAGGGCAAUAUCCUCCAGUCAUCCUACCAGACUGAGGAGCUACAGCGGGAGCUCAUCAUGUUAGCGUGCAGCUUUGGGAACAAGCAGUGUCAUCGCCAGGCCGUGGCUUACAUCUCCGACUGGAUUUCCAGCAACAAGAACAGGAUUCCUCCGAACAUCAGAGACAUUGUGUACUGCACAGGGGUCAGCCUGAUGGACGAGGACGUGUGGGAGUUUAUCUGGAUGAAGUUUCACUCGACCGGAGCCGUGUCUGAGAAGAAGAUUCUUCUGGAAGCUCUCACCUGCUCCGACAACGUUUUCCUCCUGAACAGGUUACUGAACUUGUCUCUGAGCUCUGAGCUGGUCCCAGAGCAGGACGUGAUCGAUGUGAUCAUCCACGUGGGCAGAAACCCGCAGGGUCGAGACCUAGCCUGGAAGUACUUCAGAGAAAAGUGGGACAUCCUCAACGCGCGAUACGGUGAGGCCUUGUUCAUGAACUCAAAGCUGAUUGGUGGAGUCACAGAGUUCCUCAACACAGAAAAGGAACUAAAUGAGUUGAAGGAGUUCAUCCAAAGCAGCAGUGUGGGAGCAGGCCCCGCGUUGCCCCGUGCGCUCGAGAUUGUGGAGGGCAACGUCCGCUGGCAUCGCCUCCACCGCCGCCAGUUCUACCAGUGGCUACGGAAACCUCAAAACUCUAACGGCUUUAACGGAUAA